GGGCCGGGGCAGGCGGUGCGGCCGGGCGAGGCGCUCCGCAGCGGCUGCUCCAGCUCCUCACGGCGCCGCUGAACGCUCCCAGCUCCCUCCAGCCUGGGGACCGUGCCAUUGCAGACACCCACGGAGCGACUGCUGCCACCGGGGCCGAGCGAGCCUCUGCACACCUCCACAGCGGCACGGACACCGCAGAUACCCUCAUUUUCCGCCCUCCAUUCCUAAAAUCUCUAGGACGGACACUCAUGAGGGUGCCCGGACUGAGCGGCUGAGGGAAAUUGCAUGGCAGAGUGAGAACUGGCUGUUCAGAAGAGGUUGUGGCUGAGGAUUAACAACAUGUCUAAAGAAAUGCAGGAACUACAGAAGCAAUGGCACUCCGUGGUGCAGACCAUCCACAGCAACGCAAAUGUUGUUGCCUUUAUGAAUUCUCGUGUUGGCCAAUAUUUAGAUGACCAUCCUUUUGUUGCCUUAUCACUCCUGAUGUUUAUUGCAGUGUCAGCUAUUCCUGUUGGAUUUUUCCUGGUUUUUGUUGUUACAACAGCUGUAAUGGCCUGUAUUGGUGUGAUAGUCAUGGAAGGUGUUGUCAUAGCCAUAGGGGGCAUAGCCCUCCUGUGUGUGCUCUGUGGCCUGGGAGCCCUGUCCCUGGGAGUUUCUGGAGUGCUGAGUGUUUCCUACAUUGCACUUUCAACUCUGGUCAACUACUGGUGUGCAUCAAGAGGUCAGAUAAGGAAGCAAGAUGUUAAUGGAAGUUUACCACAGAAGCAGCCUGGCUUGGACCUUUCUGCCAAUACUGGAAAGAGUGAAUAAGAAGGUUUCUCCCCAUUUCAUAGGCACUUAGCUGUACAAGCCCAGCCUUUGCUAUGUAAUUGUUUACUCAUUAAGCAUUCAAUCAUUGUGUACUUCUGGAAACUGAGAAAAAUGAAUACACAUCUUACACUGGCACUGUAAACGGGAUCUUAAUAACCAAGAAGUAGCAGUGCAGUGGUAAGAGUAUGUGCAUGAUGGAAUGUUCCACAGUUUGGUAAAGGGAUGCAGUAAUGGUACUGUUAAGUCAAUGGCAAGUAGGUGGAUAGAAAGGGGAGGGAGAUAUUUGAUUUCUCAGAUACUGAAGUUCUGAAUGUACUCUUUAGUACAUAGCAGUGGUCAUUCUGAUACAUACAGAAGUAUCACAGUUCAGAACAGUAGAAACACAUUUUGAAUGUGGAAAAGUGUUUGUAAGCCUUAACAACCUUAGUUAAAAUACUAUCAGUACACCAGGCCAAUGCUUUAUGUUCAUUAUAAAGAGAAAACUGGGUUUGUCUUAUGUCAUGGUCUAAGCUUUUUUCCUCCCUUUAGAUGUUGUGUUAUUCCAAAGGGAUGUUUUACUUAUUCUCAUUGCCUCAUCAUAUCAGGGGUAUGCUUAAGUCUUGUUUAGGUAUUUAAAUUGCCUGGUUUGCUUCUCAGUUGUAGCUUUGUGUAUGUUAUUUAAACUUUUUUCAUUUUUGCAAAUGUUAUUAUAUUUUUAAGCAUAAAGUAACUAUUUUAGUUUAAUAAAGUGCUGUUUGUUUAACCAGA